UAACCGUGUUAGCUCCUGUCAGCUGCCCCAUCUCCUCAUCCGAUCCUCCACAUCACCACACCGGGACCAGUCCACCGCCGCUGAGGUUGGAGCAACACCACACUCACCAGUACCACCAGUAUCACCAGUACCAGCACCAGUAUGGCGCUAACCAACGACCCCAACUACCAGAAGCUGGAGCAGUGGUACAAGGCUAACGCCGGGAGCCUCAACAUGAGGGACAUGUUUGACGGAGACAAGGACAGAUUCAGCAGCUUCAGCACCACUCUGGACACAGACGAUGGAGAAAUCCUGCUGGACUACUCCAAGAACCUCAUCAACCAGGACGUCAUGGCCAUGCUGUUCACCAUGGCCAAGUCCCGGGGGGUGGAGGACGCCCGGGACAAGAUGUUCUCCGGAGAGAAGAUCAACUUCACCGAGGGUCGUGCUGUGCUCCAUAUUGCUCUGCGUAAUCGCUCCAACACGCCGAUCAACGUGGACGGUAAAGACGUGAUGCCGGAGGUGAACCGGGUGCUGGACAAGAUGAAGGCCUUCUGUCACAAAGUUCGCAGUGGUGACUGGAAAGGCUUCAGUGGGAAAAGCAUCACUGACGUGGUGAACAUCGGCAUCGGGGGCUCUGACCUGGGCCCUCUGAUGGUGACAGAGGCUCUGAAGCCGUACUCAGCUGGUGGACCAAACGUUUGGUUCGUCUCCAACAUCGACGGGACUCACAUGGCCAAGACGCUCGCCCAGCUCAACGCAGAGACCACGCUCUUCAUCAUCGCCUCCAAGACCUUCACCACUCAGGAGACCAUCACCAACGCAGAGUCUGCCAGAGACUGGCUCCUGAAGACGGCCAAUGACAAAUCUGCUGUCGCCAAACAUUUCGUGGCUCUGUCCACCAACGCAGCUAAAGUCAAGGAUUUUGGCAUCGACACAGCGAACAUGUUCGAGUUCUGGGAUUGGGUUGGAGGUCGUUACUCACUGUGGUCAGCCAUCGGUCUGUCCAUCGCUCUGCACGUAGGCUUUGAGAACUUCGAGCAGCUGCUGGCGGGAGCUCACUGGAUGGACAACCAUUUCCGCAGCGCCCCCCUGGAGAAGAACGUCCCCGUCCUAUUGGCUCUUCUCGGAGUCUGGUACAUCAACUUCUUCCAGGCUGAGACUCACGCCAUGCUGCCCUACGACCAGUACAUGCACCGCUUCGCCGCCUACUUCCAACAGGGCGACAUGGAGUCAAACGGGAAGUACAUCACCAAAGACGGCGCCCGCGUCAACUACCACACCGGCCCCAUCGUGUGGGGGGAGCCGGGGACCAACGGACAGCACGCCUUCUACCAGCUGAUCCACCAAGGUACUCGUAUGAUUCCUGCUGACUUCCUCAUUCCUGCCCAGUCUCAGCAUCCAAUCAGAGACAACCUCCACCACAAGAUCCUGGUGGCGAACUUCCUGGCUCAGACAGAAGCUCUGAUGAAGGGAAAGACUUCGGCCGAGGCUCGUAAGGAGCUGGAGGCCGGCGGCCUGAAGGGGGACGCUCUGGAGAAGCUGCUGCCUCACAAGGUCUUCCAGGGAAACAAGCCGAGCAACUCCAUCGUUUUUAAGAAGCUGACUCCAUUCAUACUGGGAGCUCUGGUCGCCAUGUACGAACACAAGAUCUUUGUUCAGGGCGUCAUGUGGGACAUCAACAGCUACGACCAGUGGGGGGUGGAGCUGGGGAAGCAGCUGGCGAAGAAGAUCGAGCCGGAGCUGCAGGACGCCUCGGAGGUCACCUCCCACGACUCGUCCACCAACGGCCUCAUCAGCUUCCUGAAGAAGAACUUCGCCUGAGUCCUGACUCCUCCUCCUGCUCCUCUGCUGGACCCACCCCCACCCGCCCCUGUAGUCCUCUCUCAUUGGCUGAAUCGUGUCCGAGCCGCGGGAAUGAGCACUUUAUGUCUGUCAACAUGUUUCCCUUGAAAAGAGAAUUGAUCUGAGAGGACGGGUCGAGUCGCUGUGACCUGUGCAGGUGUUACUGUAGGUGACAACAACACACCCCCAACCCCCCCCCUUUAUCACAGUCAGCACUGACUUCAAAAUAAAAGCCCUGUUUGUCACUGAA